GUGUUGUUAGGCAGGGAUGGGUGGUUGUGUGUUGUUGUUGUUGUUGUUGUUGCUGCUGUUGGAGGGGUUCAGGAGGUUGAGGGGAGUAAUUAGGUAAUUAGGGGCAAGACAAGGGAAUAGGUAUUUGAAUUGAAGCAGUAUGCAGCGGACUAUUGACGUGGGCAAAAAGAAAAGAAAUCCGGUGCGUAUAAUGUGUACUGGUACUGCUGCAGCUGCGUAUAUUCUGGCGGCUGCAGCGGCGGCUUUGACGUUCGAACUGCCUGCCUGUUCGCUUGUGGAUUGGGGGACAUGGACGUAUGGACGGACGUAUGGAUGACCUCGCGUGGCAUCUCACGUGUCUUUCAGAC